CGGCAGUCUCCGCCAGUUUCCGGCUCGUAACGGUCGCGGUGUUCAAAGCUCGAGCCGUAGACACUCGGUAACUCGGGCCUCGGUUCGCGGAGAAGUGAAGCAAACGGCGUUAAAGCCCCGGGACGUGCGUGUCGGAGCCGUGGGGCGGAAUGACGGUGCUCCAGGAGCCGGUCCAGGCUGCAGUGUGGCAGGCCCUGAACCACUACUCCUACCUGGACGCGGUGUUUCUGGCGGAGAGGCUCUACGCAGAAGUGCGGUCUGAAGAGGCCCUGUACCUGCUGGCCACAUGUUACUAUCGCUCGGGGAAGGCGUACAAAGCCUACCGUCUGCUCAAGGCCCACUCCUGCUGCAGCCCCCAGCUCCGUUUCUUGUUAGCCAAGUGUUGCGUGGAGCUUAGCAAACUUGCUGAGGGGGAGCAGGUUCUUGUUGGAGGAGUUUUAAACAAACAGAAAUCUCAGGACGACAUUGUGGCAGAGUUUGGAGACUCUGCUUCGUUCACUCUGUCUCUGCUCGGGCACAUUUACUGUCAAACAGACCGAGCGGCCAAAGGAGCAGAAUGUUUCCAGAAGAGUCUAAGUCUGAAUCCGUUCAACUGGAGCCCUUUUCAGAGCCUCUGCCACCUCGGGGAGAAGCUGGAUCCAGACCAGGUGUUUCGUCUCCCACAGAUGGCUCCGCCCUCUCAACCUGUAAGCCCCGCCCAGAACCAGAAUCCCAGUCACCGAUUGGACACGGCCCUGAUGGAAACGCCACAGGACACGCUGGAGUUGAACCGGCUGAACUUGGAGGCGUCUAGUGGGAAGUUGACCUCUGACCUCUCUGUGUCAUACAUCGAUUCCUCCAUCAUCUCCCCGGAGACGGUCUCCGUGGCGACCGCCGCCUCGCUGCUUAGCAACAAGCAGAACAAACCCAAAAGUGGGCGUAGCCUGCUGGGAGGCCCGCCCCCUCUCAGCCCCCUCACACCUAGUUUUGGGAUCCUGCCCCUGGAGCCGAGCCCCGGAGACCCCUCGUAUCUACAGAGCUACAGCAGCGGCAUGGACUCUCAGCCCAGUGCUCCCAACAAGAAGGCCGUUUCAAGGAUAAAUCAGUCCAAGGUUUUCUCUCAGAGUGGAAACAGCAGAGAGGUGCUCCCCAUCCCCUUCAACCAAUCACUGCAGAGCUCCGCCCCCCACACCAGCGCGUCCCCUCAAGUCCUGAGUCCCUCUGGACCCCCCAAUGUCCAACCCCGACGCAGCUCCCGACUCUUCACCAGCGCCAGCUCCACCGCCAAGGAGAACAGUAAGAAGCUGAAGAUGAAGUUUCCAACUAAAAUCCCAAACAGAAAAACCAAAUGUAAAACCAACAAAACAACGUCAAACUCCAACCUGAACGAGAGCCUGGACAUCAUGCGCCUGGAGCCAGGACUUGGACUCAACCAGGACUCCAAGGUCCAGACCCACGCCCGGGCCACCGCAGACAGUAUCAUGAGUAUCCUGCGGGACAUGGGACGAGCCUUCCUCCUGCUCUGCUCCUACAGCUGUAAAGAAGCCAUCGCUGUGCUGUCCUCGCUGCCCCCUCACCACUACGCCACUGGUUGGGUUCUCUGCACCAUCGGGAGGGCGCACUUUGAACUGGCAGACUACACACAGGCUGAGCGUAUCUUCUCGGAGGUCAGGAGGAUAGAGUCGUAUCGUGAGGAGGGGAUGGAGAUAUACUCCACGACGCUGUGGCACCUCCAGAAGGAUGUGGCUCUGAGCGCGCUAUCCAAGGAGAUGACAGACAUGGACCGAAACUGUCCUCAGACCUGGUGUGUGGCGGGGAACUGCUUCAGUUUACAACGAGAACAUGACAUCGCCAUCAAGUUCUUCCAGAGAGCCAUCCAGGUGGAGCCGGGCUUCGCGUAUGCCUACACGCUGCUGGGACAUGAGUUUGUUCUAACCGAGGAACUGGAUCGAGCUCUGGCCUGUUUCAGGAACGCCAUCCGAGUCAACAACCGCCACUACAACGCAUGGUACGGUCUGGGGAUGAUCUACUACAAACAGGAGAAGUUUAAUUUGGCAGAGAUUCAUUUUAAAAAAGCUCUGAGCAUCAACCCCCAGAGCUCUGUGCUGCUGUGCCACAUCGGGGUGGUCCAACACGCUCUGAAGAAGUCGGACGUGGCUCUGGAGACUCUGAACAAAGCCAUCAGCAUCGACCCCAAAAACCCUCUGUGCAAGUUUCACCGAGCAUCCAUCCUCUUCUCUAACGACAAGUACAAGGCGGCGCUGCAGGAGCUGGAGGAGCUCAAACAGAUUGUUCCCAAAGAAUCUCUCGUUUAUUUCCUCAUUGGAAAGGUAUAUAAGAAGCUGGGGCAGACGCACUUGGCUUUGAUGAACUUCAGCUGGGCCAUGGACCUGGACCCAAAAGGAGCCAACAACCAGAUCAAAGAGGCUAUCGACAAGCGCUACCUCCCAGACGACGAAGGGCCGGAGGAAAUGGCGGACGCAGACGACACUCAGCUUCAGACAAACGACAGCGACGACGUUCUGUGAAAUGUUUUUUAUUCUUUUUACUCAAAAUAAACAAUAAAAAUAUUCAACACUAAACAA